GUGUCUGAUUGUUCUAUCCGUGUGUGUUUAUUUGUUCACAACGACGAUGGGACCCAUCAAAGUACGAAAACCACAGGCCAUAUUUUUUGAUUUAUCCGGUACGGCAACCAAAUCUUAUUUCAUGGAUAGUAUACUAUUUCCAUAUAUUAAAUUAAAUUGUACAACAUAUCUACAUAAUAAUUGGGAUAAUCCAGUAUUACAACGUGAUAUUGAAUUGUUGCGUAAACAAUCCCGUGAAGAUGGUGGACCAAUUGUGGCAGAUGCUGAUUCUGAUAAACGUGAGAUUCAAAAAACUAUUCUUCAGUAUGUAACGAAAUGUUUGGAUGAAUUACGUGAUAAUUCUGCUAUCAAUAUUUUUCGAUUACAUAUGUGGUUUGAUGGUUAUCAUAGAGAUAAGAUUGAAACACCCGUUUAUUCAGAUGUUGCUAUUCAGAUUAAACAUUGGCGUAUUACACAGAAUAUUAAGUUAUUUGUGUUAAGUAAUGGCUGGAUUGAGGCAACUAAACGAUUUAUGGCUAAAACAAAUCAUGGUGAUCUUAACCUAUUGAUCGAUGGUCAUUUUGAUAAUACUAUUGGUCCUUUGGAUGAUCCAGAAACAUUUAAAAUUGUUUGUAGGAAAAUCAAUAUAGCACCCGAACAUGUUUUAUUUCUAACAAAAUCGGUAUCCGAAUGUAAUGCUGCUAAAGAGGCCGGUUUAAAUGCUAUACUUGUCAUGACACAUCGUCGUGAUUUAGCCCGUUUGAAUACAUUAACUGAUGAGCAAAGACAGCAAUUAAUCUAUAUUCGAUCAUUCAAUGAAAUAACAUUCAUUGGUGAUAACGACAAUACUAUGCCAAAGUCAAAAGCUGUCUCUUCGGCUGGUAGCUCUCAUGGAUCAUCUUGCAAUACAACAUCAUCCACAUCGCCCACAAUGUCUAAUGCAUUCGCUCCAGGAAGCCAAAAACAUUCAACCAGUUCACAAAGCAAUCAACAUUCUACAAGUGUUGAAACUGUAUCGAGUAAACAUUCUACAUCAUCACAGUGCUCAUCCUCAUCAUCUUCAGCAUCAAACAAUAAAAGUUUAGCGAAAUCAUCAUAUCAUUCAUCCGAACAAUCAGCCUCUACUGAAUAUCGACUAGGGAACAGUAAAACAUCUAACAUUUCAAGCCAAGGUAGCCAGCAAAUAUCAUCAUCUUCAUCCGGACUUUCUAACAAUUCUUCAGCCUUUUCCGCCUCUUCAUCAGCAUCAGCAUCAUCUACACAAAAAUCGAAACAAUCAUCAACACAAGUCCUUUGAACAAUUUUCAAUUACACAUCUAUUGUUUGACAUCAUGUAACAAUAGAAACCCUAUGAAUAAGUCAACACACCUAUUUUUAAUUGAAAUUCGUUAGACAACAUGAAAAAAUAUCACCACCCAAACGGAAAUCUAAUCGAAUAUUCAAUUGUCAUCAUCACGCAAUCGAUCAAUAGGUUUGUAAAUUGUUAUCUUUAUCAUUUCAUUGAAAAUAUAAAGGGUGGAUAAUUUUAAAUGCCAUAACCCGGUGAUACGAUAUACACGGUUCGUCUAUAGAGAACAAUGGUAAUUUGUAUUUUUUAAUAAUAAAACAAACACACCAUACAUAACGGUAGAAAAUAUUCCAUAGCUUCAAUGGAAAUAACAAUAAUAACGUCAAUGUUGAUGAUGAUGAUGGAAUAAUCCUUCGGGUUUUGUGUUUAUGUGUGUAUGUGUAUGUGUGUGUGUGCAGAAUCGCUUAUCGUACAACCAGCAUCAUCAAUCCGUGUGUGGUAUCCUUGGCCAAUUAAGGAUACAUAGCCAAUAACAACCAAGUUGUAGCUGAUGAAUAAAAAAAAGUCUAAAAAUAAAAAAAAAAUUUUCAUUUUCAAAUUACAAAGAAAUAAAUAGGAAAAUCGAAUAGACUUUAUAUGCCUAGGCUAACCAAGAAGAAAGAAUGCAAAAGUUCAUUUUAUUAAUGGUUGGAUGAUCAAAACCAACUUGUCAUCAUCAUCAUUCUACCGAUAAAAUUAUACUGGCAUAAAAGUCAAUGUAAUAUAAGCCGAAAAAAUUGAAUUUUGUUGAUAUCAUUUCUAAUCUAACCAGAGAGGGAAAUCUUGGUCGACGUAAGCUACAUUUGACAUCUGUGGAUGAUUGCAAGAAAUAAAGACAAAAAACAAGUCGAUUAUAUUCAUUACAACAAGUGGGUGCUUAGUGUACAACCAGUCAAUAAACAAUAACAACAAAAAAAUAACGGAUUUUCGCUUAAAAAAUGGCUCA